UUCUUUUUCACAAACCAUAGAAUAACUGAGAUGGAUUGGGUACGAGGAGAAUCAGUUGGUAGAGGAAGUUUUGCAACUGUUCAUUUAGUCAUACCCAAAGCUACUUCGAAUUUCACUUUAUUUCCUUCUCCGACAGCCGUUAAAACAUCCGAAGUUUCAACCUCGUAUUCCCUCAAAAAUGAGAAACAUGUUCUCGAUCGUUUAGGUUCUUGUCAACAAAUCAUUAGCUGUUUCGGAGAUGAUUAUACCUUCGAGAAUGGCCACGAGUAUUACAAUCUGUUUCUCGAAUAUGCUUCUGCCGGUACUCUCGCCGAUCAAGUUAAAUUACACGGUGGCCGGAUUCCAGAACAAAACAUUCGCGGUUACACGAGGUCAAUUGUGGAGGGUCUUAACCAUAUUCAUAGCAAUGGAUUCGUUCAUUGUGACGUUAAGCUUCAAAACAUUCUUGUAUUCCGCGAUGGUGAAAUCAAAAUCGCUGAUUUUGGUCUUGCGAAAAAAACAGGGGAAGAACAGAGUGUUAAUGAGAGAUUUGAAUGCAGGGGAACUCCACUGUUUAUGUCGCCGGAAUCGGUGAACUACGGAGAAAAUGAGUCUCCGGCGGAUAUUUGGGCACUUGGAUGUGCGGUGGUGGAGAUGGUGACUGGAAAACCAGCUUGGAAUGUGGAGAAAGAUUCAUCUAUGUGGUCCUUGUUGCUUAAAAUUGGUGCCGGAGAAGAAUCACCGAUGAUACCCGAAGAUUUAUCAAAAGAAGGAAAAGAUUUUGUUGAGAAAUGUUUUGUUAAGGAUCCAAGAAAAAGAUGGACGGCUGAGAUGUUUUUGAAUCAUCCUUUUAUUGAAGAAGGGAAGAAUGCUAAUGACUCAUCACCGAGAAAUCACUUUGAUUUUAGUGAUUGGGUUUCAAGUGUUGGUGAUUCAACUCCAAGUUUCCCGGAAUUUGAGGAAUCGUGUCAAUGGGAUUUUGUUUCUUGUUCUUGUUCGGUAUCAAAUCGACUUCGGCAGCUUGUGACGGUUGAGAUGCCAGUUAGUUGGUCGGAAUCAGAUAGUUGGAUUAGUGUGAGGUGAGAAAAAGAUUGUAAGAGUUUUUUUGGUAGAGAUAAAACAUAAUUAGAAGGAUGGGUCAUAGGAAUUUAUUUGGUUCUGAUUGAAUUUUUAUUAUUAAAAUUGGAUUAUAAAUUGGAUAGGAAAUAUCAUAAGCUAACAUUCUUGAUUUCGGAUCUAAUUUGUGAGUGAAAGAGUUUUAAAUGGUGAUGCUUUGUUGCCGUUUGUAAAGAGGCUGAUUUGAAAUAAUAUCUUUUUUUUUAACUAUUAA